AUGGGACUGUUAUCUGAAGCUCUAAAAAGAGAUGACAUCACACUUCCACGAGCCUAUCAGCUGAUUAAUCGUUCAGUUUGUGCAGUUGAAAAAAUGAAAGACAUGUCUGGCAAAUAUCUGAAGGAAGUCAUGGAAUCACUGGAGAAAGGGAAUUUCAAAGGUGUGACCAUCAAUCCAGAACGUUCAAAAGGCCAAGUGAGGAUUAAUCUCCCUCAAUUUUAUCAAUGUUUGGUGGAUAAUUUACGCUCUAGACUCUUUGCUUUAACUGCGAGCAACAGACUUGCAGCUUCAUCACAGUCAUGUGAAUUUGAAACUCUUGUCUCUGAAACUGACAUCCUGAAUUCACAACGCUGGCCAAUCAAUGGGGACAGUCCAUGGUUUGAAGGUGAAGUGAAACUGGAGCAGCUGUGCAAAACGAACAGGGAUGUCAAUUAG